GCCUGCCUGCUGGUCGGCCAGCAAGUAGACAGCCCACUCGGUGGGGGAGGCGGCCGUUUUGGUGGCCCCAGGCCGCGUGGCCCAGUGGUAGCAGAGCCAUGGUUUCUAAACUGAGCCAGCUGCAGACGGAGCUCCUGGCCGCCCUGCUCGAGUCGGGCCUGAGCAAAGAGGCACUGAUCCAGGCACUGGGUGAGCCGGGGCCCUACCUGCUGGCUGCCGAUGGCCCCCGGGACAAGGGGGAGUCCUGUGGCGGCGGUCGGGGCGAGUUGGCUGAGCUGCCCAACGGGCUGGGGGAGGCCAGGGGCUCCGAGGACGAGACGGACGACGAUGGGGAAGACUUCACGCCGCCCAUCCUCAAAGAGCUGGAGAACCUCAGCCCCGAGGAGGCGGCCCACCAGAAAGCCGUGGUGGAGACCUUGCUGCAGGAGGACCCAUGGCGUGUGGCGAAGAUGGUCAAGUCCUACCUGCAGCAGCACAACAUCCCACAGAGGGAGGUAGUCGACACGACUGGCCUCAACCAGUCGCACCUGUCCCAGCACCUCAACAAGGGCACCCCCAUGAAGACACAGAAGCGAGCCGCCCUGUACACCUGGUACGUCCGCAAGCAGCGAGAGGUGGCCCAGCAGUUCACCCACGCAGGGCAGGGCGGGCUGAUUGAAGAGCCCACAGGUGAUGAGCUGCCAACCAAGAAGGGGCGGAGGAACCGUUUCAAGUGGGGCCCAGCCUCCCAGCAGAUCCUGUUCCAGGCGUACGAGAGGCAGAAGAACCCCAGCAAGGAGGAGCGAGAGGCACUGGUGGAGGAGUGCAACAGGGCAGAGUGCAUCCAGAGGGGCGUGUCGCCGUCGCAGGCACAGGGACUGGGCUCUAACCUCGUCACGGAGGUGCGUGUCUACAACUGGUUUGCCAAUCGGCGCAAGGAAGAAGCUUUCCGUCACAAGCUGGCCAUGGACACAUACAGCGGGCCGCCCCCGGGGCCAGGCCCGGGCCCCGCCCUGCCUGCCCACAGCUCCCCGGGCUUGCCCCCACCCACCCUCUCCCCCAGUAAGGUCCAUGGUGUGCGCUAUGGACAGCCAGCAACCAGCGAGGGGGUGGAAGUGCCCUCAAGCAGUGGUGGCCCCUUGGUGACAGUGUCUGCGCCCCUGCACCAAGUGUCCCCCACGGGCCUGGAGCCCAGUCACAGCCUGUUGAGCACCGAAGCCAAGCUGGUCUCAGCAACUGGGGGCCCUCUGCCCCCUGUCAGCACCCUGACAGCACUGCACAGCUUGGAGCAGACCUCCCCAGGCCUCAACCAACAGCCCCAGAAUCUCAUCAUGGCGUCGCUUCCCGGGGUCAUGGCCAUUGGGCCUGGUGAGCCUGCCUCCCUGGGCCCCACGUUCACCAACACAGGUGCCUCCACCCUCGUUAUUGGCCUGGCCUCCACUCAGGCACAGAGUGUGCCCGUCAUCAACAGCAUGGGCAGCAGCCUGACCACCCUGCAGCCAGUCCAGUUCUCCCAGCCGCUGCACCCGUCCUACCAGCAGCCACUCAUGCCUCCCAUGCAGAGCCAUGUGGCCCAGAGCCCCUUCAUGGCCACCAUGGCCCAGCUGCAGAGCCCCCACGCCCUCUAUAGCCACAAGCCUGAAGUGGCCCAGUACACCCACACGGGCCUGCUUCCGCAGACCAUGCUCAUCACCGACACCACCAACCUGAGCGCCCUGGCCAGCCUCACGCCCACCAAGCAGGAGGCUGCUCUGUUCCCCCAGGUCUUCACCUCAGACACUGAAGCCUCCAGUGAGUCCGGGCUUCAUACGCCGGCGUCUCAGACCACCACCAUCCACAUCCCCAGCCAGGACCCUGCAGGCAUCCAGCACCUGCAGCCUGCCCACCGGCUCAGCGCCAGCCCCACCGUGUCCUCCAGCAGCCUGGUGUUGUACCAGAGCCCCGACUCCAGCCAUGGCCACGGCCACCUGCUGCCAGCCAACCACAGCGUCAUCGAGACCUUCAUUUCCACGCAGAUGGCUUCAUCCACCCAGUAACCAUGGCAACCGCCUCCCAGGGGCUGGGCCCUGCCUGGAGCCUGCAUGGCCUGCUUGGGGGGUGACUGGGACAGCUGAGCCUGUGAAACUUUCACUGCCACAGGACAGCAGCCUUCCCGGGAAAACUGUGCCUCGGUCCCCACGCUGCUCUGUCGGCGUCGGAAAGGGUUCCAAGGCUCUCCGACCUCAGGAGGGACCAUUCCUGAUGCUCAGGGUCAAUUUUGUCACUUGGAAUAGAAGGGAGCAGCCUUUGGACUCUGGUGCCCCCAGCCUGUGCCUGUGGAGAGCCCCGGAACCCCCAAGGGAACCGCACUUCUCAGGACACGAGGCUAUAUAGCCGUGACUCACUGAGCUCCGAGAGGCCCAGGGUCAACAUGGCCCCAUUCUGUCCCCUAUGUCCUGAUCAGGCCCCUCCCCCCUGCUCCCCUUCCAGCUGUAAACCCACAUGGCCCAUUUGUACCAACCCCUGUCUGCCAAUCACAUGAGAUUUCCCCAAGUGGCUACUCCGUGCUGGAGCCUGGGGCUCAGAGGCCCAUGCCCUGCGAGAGCUCAGGCUAGCAGUGAAGGCACACAGGGCUCUCCAGCUUCUCUUGUCCUGGGCCCUCCUUCUCCCUGGCUUCCAAGAUGGCCAGUUUUCUUGGCCAUUCGUCCCCCUGGGUAUCAUACCUUCUCAUGCCAGCCUGCCAUCUUGCCUCUAUGGGAAAGCCCCCCUCAGGGCUAGGAAGUCAUCCCUGCCCCAUGGGAGCCUUGUGACUGUGCCCGGUGUUUGUCAGGAUUCUGGACAACAGCGCCUCUCGCCUGUGGGGCCUUGUGGCCCCUCCCUGGUUUGGGGGAGAAGCUGCUGAGCUCAGAAGGCACCAAGGCCUGAGCAGGUGGCAGAGCUGAGGUGCCCAGAGGGAAGAGGGAAAGGUCCAGGCAGUUCACAGCCACAUCCUUGGAGCCUGCGGUCCCAAGUGCCACCACGAGAGACAAGGCAGCUGUGUAAACCCAGGGCUCCACGACCUCCUCUCCCUGGGGCUGCUGCAGAUCACCUGGCCUUGCAGACAACUCCCACCCUGGGACUGAGGACUGGGGCCGGGGAAGAACCAGCACCCCCUGCAGCUUGCAGCCAGCUAAGGGCGAACCUGUACAUUUAUUUAACUUUUAGUAAAGGAAAUGAGGAACGGAGUAUUGGAAAUGAGUACUGGAAACUUCUUGCUUGUCCACACAUUGCCCAGAUGGGGUUGGGCAGACAGACGGAGGCGGAGGUGGGCCAGGGGCCUGAGGGGAGAUGGGUUAGCACACACGCUCUCACGUCCCACACCUCUGUCUUUCUUGCUCUGCCAAACCUUGGAGGUAAGGCCAUGAAACCAGAAUUUCACCUUAACCCUGAGCUUCUCCUCUUCCCGGCAGAACACUCCUGGUGUGUGAAACCCCAUUCACAAGUGC